GAGGGUGUGGGUCUCAUCCACACUGUGCACAAGAAGGGCAUCUUCUAAGCCCUAGGUUUCCCUUUCCUCUUUCCUAGGGCUCAGAACCCUUCCACGCUUGCAUACCUGGCAGAGGAACAGCCGACAAAAGUCUGUGAGCCUGGGACUAACCACGGCCGCUGUCCUCAACAGGAGCCCCAGCAAGGAGACCAGAAGAGAUGAUGCUGGAUCUUCUGGGACCGUUUCCUCUCCUCCUGUUGCUGCUGGGAUCAUGGGGGCCAGGGCAUCCACUUGGUGCUUGGGCUCAACGCCCAACCAGGGCUCAAUGGUUUGCAAUUCAGCAUAUAAGUACAGGUUCCGUCCAAUGCAACAUAGCAAUGCGUCGUGUCAAUAAUUAUAAUCAGCGCUGUAAGCCUCAAAACACCUUUCUGCAUGACACCUUCCAGAACGUGGCUGCUACCUGUCUUUUGCCCAACAGGACGUGCAGGAAUGGCCAGAAUAACUGCCACCGGAGUGCAAAGAUUAUUGGCAUGACUUACUGCAGUCACACUGGAGGAUCAUAUCCCAACUGCCGCUACAGUACUACUCCCCAGAACCAGUUCUACACUGUUGCCUGUAACCCCCCUCAGCCGGGCGACCCUCCCUAUCAUCUAGUUCCUGUGCACUUAGAUUAAGACUGAGAUUUCCAGGGGCACUUGGGUAGCUCAGUCCUUAAGCGUCUGCCUCUGGCUCAGGUC